CUUAGGAGAGUUCGGUCGCGACCGGGCUGGCAGACGGCUGGCACCGGGCAGCCGGGGCCGAUUUGCCGAUUUGGGAGUCCACCACCUCACGUUAUCGUUUACAGGGGCGAAGGACGAUCUCCAGUCUGCGAAAGCGACACCAGCAGCGGCGGCGCUGUACGAGGAGGAAGUUGACACCCGAAUCAAGUCGACCGGCCCGUGCUAAGCACAGCUCAACACCGCCGGCGACCCCACGAACACAACCGAAACGAAAACAACCACACCACCCAACAGGAAAGAACAAAAGCCAUCCCAGGACACCACCAGCAACCGAAAAGGAAAAGACAAAAAAGAAAAAAAAAAAAAAAAUGUCCUUCUUCCGCAUCACCCUCCACCGCUCGGCCAUCGGCCUGCCCAAGCGCACCCGCGGCGUGCUGGCCGCCCUGGGCCUGCACCGCCGCUCCCAGGUCGUCUUCCACCCGGUCAGCGCCCAGUUCGCCGGCAUGAUCAUGAAGGUCAAGGAGCUGGUGCGCGUCGAGGAGGUCGACCGGGCCAUGACCAAGCGCGAGCUGUACGAGUCGCGCCGGCCCGACCCGGGCUUCUACGUCGAGCGGCCUUCGCGCAAUAGGGUGGCAGGGGUUGUUGGGUCUGGACCUGGGGCUGGGGCUGGUUCCGGGGCGAUAGGGAGUUCCGGUAGUGGCGAAGGGGAGGAGAUUAGGUUAUGAGGUGGUUUGUGUGGGGGAGGGAGGGCAAGUUGCUGUGUUUGUGUGUGGAUGGGAGCUGGAGGUGGUGGGGUGGCAGAUCCUUGGAGGUGCUUGAGGGGAGAAGUCGAGUUGCUGGGGGGUGAGAUAGACGGAUGCUGUUGGCGCUUGUGAGGAUCGGGCCCGGCCGGCCUGCUGUAUUUGUGUAGACUAUUGUAUCAGACCAAGCAUUUGUGUUUCCAUAUUCCGGGAAGUCCUAUGAGUGGGUGUGAGGGCUUUGCUUGUU